AUGGCAGCGAACAAGCUCUUCCUCAAGUCGACAUGUUCCAGUUGCUUGUCCGCCAAGACAGCAAGGAGACCCGGCAAACAGUUCCUGUCGAUGAACAGCAGGCGCGACUUCCUGCAGUUAGCUGUUCUUCUGUCUGCUGCAUCAUCAGCUACAGGCGUGCUUGCUGAGGAUGAGGCGAGUCAGAAGAUAACAGCAAACAAGAGAUAUCAGGGACCUUCGGCCUAUGGCUUCAGCCUUAACUACCCCAAGUCUUGGAAGCCCAACAAAAGGAUUGGGAACAAACAUCUUUACGAUCUCGAG